GUAUGCAUCUAUGUAUAGAGCUCCGAUGAUCUUGAGUUUCAUCCGCAUAGAGUAGCUACGGGUGGGCGCGAUGGAGAGUUUAAUCGUGAGCGCAUCCAUGGGAGCCAUAAAUCCACUCCUCAGCAAGCUCAGCAGGCUAAUCACCGAAGAGCAUGCGAAGCUGAAAGACAGGGAGCGGAAGGAGGUGAUCUUCCUGAAAGAGGAACUCGGCUGCAUGGUGGGUCUGUUCCGCGGUUCUGCGAUGGUGGAGGACCCGGACGUGCAAGUCAAGGAAUGGAUGAGGCAGGUUAGGGAGGUGGCCUACGACACGGAGGACUGGCUGGACCUCUUCUUGCAUCAUCAGCUGAAGCGGGAGCAGAAUUUCCUUGGACGGCUAAGCCACAAGGCCCGAUCCAGAUCCAAGAGAUUGGUGGAGCAGAUCCGGCAGCUGAGGGACCGCCUGGUGGCGGCGAGCGAGCGGCGCACCAGGUACAAGCUUGUUGACGGUGGCAUGCCUUCAGCCUCGGAAGCUGCGGUCGACGUCUUUGAAGCGAGCAGCGUGGCUAUCGACCCUCGGCUGCUCCACAGGGAAGAAGCUGCCCCUGUAGCCAUCGACGGGCCCAAGACAGAGCUCGUCAAACUUCUCGUGGACGACGAGCGGCAUCUACGAGUAGUAUCCAUCGUCGGAAUGGCGGGGAUUGGUAAGACCACACUUGCGAAACAGGUCUACAGAUCGAUGAUGAUGCGGAAAAGAUUCAAUUGUCAAGCUUUUGUCUACGUCGGUCAAAGCCCGUCUGUGAGGGCUGUUUUGAUGGACAUACUCCGUCAAGUCCUCCCGCAGACUCAAGAGGAAGGAGGCUGCAGCAGCGGCAUGCCGGGGUCCGGGGAGGUCCAGCAAGCUAUAGCCCAACUCAGGGACUUCCUCCAAGACAAGAGGUACUUAAUCGUAUUUGAUGACGUUUGGAGUACAUCAGCAUGGAAGGCAAUCAACUGCGGCCUGCCAGCAAAUUCUGCUGGAAGCAGAAUAGUUGCAACAACCCGCAACCACGAUGUUGCGAAAUCAUGCUCCAACUAUCCUGACGAUGAUGUUAUCCAUGUGAUGGAGCCUCUUGAUGAAUCUGACUCCAAGAAACUGUUCCAUAGCAGGAUAUUUGGUUCCGAAGAAGAGAAAUGCCCAGAGGAUUGCAGCCCUGUUCAUGUCAACGUAUUGCAAAUAUGUGGAGGUCUGCCUUGGGCCAUACUCGUAUUGGCCAGCCUUUUAGCGAGGAAAUACGUCGAGCCCGGCGGAUGGAACAUGGUCAACAGGUCAACUCUUGCAAGAUUGGAGCAAUAUCCCCCGUUAAAAGGGUUGAGGAAGGUAUUGCAUAUGAGUUAUGCAGAUCUGCCUCUCCCAAUGAAAUCUUGCCUGUUGUACUUGAGUGUUUUCCCAAAAAACUAUACCAUCAACAAGGAUCGUCUGAUAUGGAGAUGGGUGGCCGAAGGAUUCAUCCCUAGCAAAGGAGAAGAGAACACAUUGGAAACGGGAAGGAGCUAUUUCAAUGAGCUGAUCAACAGGAGUUUGAUACAGCCUGUGCUGGCGGACGACGGCGACGAUGAACCAACGGGCUGUACGGUGCAUGCCGCAGUCCACGACUUCGUUGUAUCUCUGUGCAGUGAAGAGAACUUCGUCACGUUGGGUGAGUCAAUGCAGCGGGAUGUGAUCCGUCGAUUAUCCCUCAACUAUGCCAAACAAGAAGACGGCCCAUUGGCAUCUGACAUGGGUGAUGUUAAGAUCAACCUAUCAAAGGUGAGAUCCCUUACUGUUUUUGGGUUUGCUCAACGCAUGCCUCAUCUUGCGAAUUUCUUGUUGCUACGGGUGCUAGAUCUAGAGGACGCCGAGAAGCUGGAAAGCAAAAACAUAGAGGACAUAGGGAGGCUGUUCAACCUAAGGUAUCUGGGACUUGGAGGGGAUCAUGUCACAGAGCUCCCAGAUUCUAUAGGAGAACUGGAGUCCCUGGAGACCUUGGAGGCAAGGCGGACCACCGUAAGCAGGCUGCCUCCAACUGCAUCCCGGUUACGAAAAUUAGCCCGCCUGCUAAUCAAACUUCUGGAUGACAUACCGGACGGCCUAGAAAAGAUGCAGGCCUUGCAGGAGUUGUCAAUGAUUAACGUCAACAGUCGCCGCUCGCUCGAUCUUAUGGCGGAGCUGGUCAAGCUGAGGCAGCUGAGGGCUCUCGGUCUGAAAUGGUGUUUCCGGGAUGAGCUACAUGGCGAAAUCCAAACUUACAGGAGUGACUUCGUCUCCUCACUGAACAAAAUUACAAGCUCCAGUCUUGAGUCUCUGUUCCUUCACUCGGGCGACGCUUGUUCCCUUGAUUUUUUAAAGGACGCUUGGGUCCCUCCGCGCCUGCUCCAAAAAUUAGUGGUCAAAAGCUUAAACUACUAUUUCCCAGCAACUCCAGUACACAUUGCCUCGUGCACCAACCUCACCUACCUGGAGAUUGCCAUCAAUCUGAGCAGAGAGGAGGAUCUCUCUAUCAUUGCAAACUUGCCAGAGCUAACAACUCUCAAGUUGUUCGCCAAGGAGAAUCCCAUAAUCAUCAGACAUGGAUUCCUGUGUCUCAAGGUGUUCUGGUUCGAUUGUCGAGGCUGCGGUCUCAACUUGGUGUUCAAAGAAGCAGCAGCUAUGCCACAGCUCCGAAAGCUUCACGUCUCCUUCAAACUGUUAGCCCAGCAUCAGGCGCAGCAAGGCUUUGAUUUUGAUCUACACAACCUGUACGCUCUCAAGCAAGUCCAUGCCAAUAUCGAUUGCGAUGGUGCUAGCGUUUCGGACGUGGUCUCGAUGGAGGAUGCUAUCAGAAAAAAUGUAUCUAUGCACCCAAACAAGCCAGCGUUGGAGUUGAGCAAGGAUAAUUACAUCGAAGAAAAGGUGACGACAGACGAGAAUAUAUAGCUGCACAGCACCGUUGAGCAUGUGGGAGGAACGGAAUUUCUUAAUUAGCUACUUUUGUGUAUGUUUGUCAUAAUAUGCUAUAUUUCCUGAUAUUUUUGUAGUUUAGGGUUGUCGUGUCAACAGGUUUUUGCCCCGUAGGGGUGUUCCAGAUCGAACACUCACAGCGGGUUUCCUGAUGGACGGCAUGCUUUAAUGCAUUCACAAGAUUGACAAUUAAAGCUUACUAUUUUACAUCUCAA